GUGACCUUUGGCCUGUUCUCCGCGGCGCCGUGAUCACUAUGGCUGCGUUCAGUAAAAGUAUACCGCAUAGCUGCUACGAGAUCGGGCACACAUGGAGCACUUCCUGCACCAAGUCCAUGCUGCAAGUCACAGUGGGGGCUUUGCAGGAGUCCCUGAAAAUCUAUGCGCCUCUUUACAUCAUUGCAGCAAUCCUGCGGAGGCGGAAGUUAGACUACUAUAUUCACAAACUGCUUCCUGAGAUCCUCCAAUCGACCUCCUUCCUUACUGCAAAUGGUGGCCUCUAUAUUAUGUUUUUCUGUAUCCUCAGGAAACUGCUUGGGAAGUUCUACAUAUGGUCUGCAGGAUUUGGUGCAGCAUUACCUGCUUCGUAUUUGGCCAUUCUGAUUGAAAGGAAAAGCAGGAGAGGCCUCUUGACAAUUUAUAUGGCUAACUUGGCAACUGAAAGUAUAUUCCGAAUGGCUGUAACAAGGGGUCUUAUCACACCAGUUAACCAUGGGGAGGUCCUGCUGUUUUGCUUCACUGCUGCCCUGUACAUGUUCUUCUUUAGGUGCAAAGAUGGCCUCAAAGGAUUUGCUUUCUCUGCACUUAAAUUUAUUGUUGGAAAGGAAGAAAUUCCAACACAUUCAGUUGUGGAGCACCGAAAUCCUAGUACGAGUAGUCAUGUUACUGAGCACCCGGUAGUAGAAGAUCAGACCAAGAAAACCAAGAAAUCUCUGAUAACAUUGACUGGACAAUUUAUUGACAGAAUUUGUAAACAUGGCCCAAGACACAGAUGUUGUAGGCAUUAUGAAGACAACUGCAUUUCCUAUUGUGUUAAAGGUUUUAUACGGAUGUUCAGUGUUGGCUACCUUAUUCAAUGCUGCCUUCGUAUUCCAUCUGCAUUAAGACACUUGUUUACAAAACCAUCCCGGUUAUUGUCUGCUUUGUACAAUAAAGAAAAUUUCCAGCUUGGAGCUUUUCUAGGAUCCUUUGUCAGUAUUUACAAGGGCACUAGCUGUUUUCUCCGAUGGGUAAGAGAUUUGGAUGAUGAGCUUCACGCACUGAUUGCUGGUUUCUUAGCUGGAAUGUCCAUGAUGUUUUACAAAAGCACAACAAUUUCCAUGUACCUGGCUUCCAAACUUGUGGAGACAUUGUACUUCAAAGGCAUUGAAGCAGGAAAAUGUCCAUACGUUGCACGUGCAGACACCAUUAUCUAUGCAAUUUCUACAGCUGUAUGUUUUCAAGCGGCAGUGAUGGAAGUUCAGAACCUUCGGCCUUCCUACUGGAAAUUUCUGUUGAGGCUUACAAAAGGAAGAUUUGCUUUGAUGAACAGAAGGGCAUUGGACGUUUUUGGUACUGAAGCUUCGAGGGACUUUAAAGGAUUCAUCCCAAGACUGGAUCCAAGAUACACUCUUGUAAAACCAGAACUUGAACUUGAACUCCAUUCCUGAUUAUGAUGGGUUAAGAAAGACAUUCUUUGGAAUGGUUCAGGUUCGUAGGCCCAUUUAGCACUGGAAGUUAUUAUUUCUAGUGUUUCACCCAGAUGGGGAGAAGGGGGUGGUUGGGGGCAGGGGAAAUAAGUGAUUGCUAUUCUUGUUAUUUUCUUUAAGGGCUAUCUAUUGCACCUCUCUUCUGAUGUAAAAUGUGAAUGCAUAAAGCACUUAAUCUUUGGAAAUUUAAUUGGUCUAUUAAUUGAUUAUUUCAUUUUGUUGCAAUUUUUGCUGGUUAUUUUAAAUAUGAUAUUUUGGUAUCCUAUUAAUUCCACUUAUACCAACUGUUUACUUGCAAGUUAUUGGCCAUUUUAUAUAGCCAUGGUGAGUGGAAUUUUUUGAAAUUGAUUUUUAUUAUUUUUAAAAAGUCUGCAGUGAUUGGUUCAUCAUUUAGCCAAUGGCUGAUUGAUGAAUAAAAUAAACAAGAUAUAAUCAAAAAUAAUUUAUAUCCUAUAAUGUAAAUUGCAACAUGAAUUGGCAUUGCUAAAUACAUAUAAUUUUUUUAAAUAUUAAGGUACUCUAUUAUUUUAAAUCAUUUGAAGACCUAUUCAUUUCAUUUCUGCAAGUGAUAUGUUUAUCCUAAACUUCAAUCCAUGCUGGCAACUUAAUGAAGUCUUAGCCCUGACUCCUAUUGAAGAAUAUUUUUUACCUCUAAAUGACAUCUUUUUCAUACUCUGGUGUAAAAUAAAAUUAUAAUGAAGAUGGUUAAUUUUCCUGUAAAUGUAUUAAAAUGUGUAUUUCAGCCAAAAAGAAUUUCAUUAAAAAAAUUAAACAAAUAAAGCAUUAGAUUUUUUUCUUCAGGUUUUACCCAAAGGCUUCUUAUUAUAAUUAAGUUGCACUGAACUUUUAUCAGUAGGAAUUUUCAUUUUUGAAUAUCAACACUCCUAAUUUAAAAUGACAUCAGUGACUAUGUAGUUCAACAACUGAAUUUCCAGAUAUUGAAAAUUUACAGUAAAGCAAUAUAUGAUGUUAUUAAAUUUUAUUUUUAAUACCAUGUCAAAAAAAGAUAGUUUAAUUUUUUGGACAUCGAUUGUAUUAGUGUAAAAUCCUUUUCCUUGCAAAACAUAAUUCUGUAAGAAAUCCAUCUUUCCUCAGCCGAUGAUGUGUAAUUCCAGCUCUUUCAAAAAGCUGCAAUGGAAAGCAGAUGUUUGCUAUGACAUGGUGAUUAUGACAGGCAAUAGUUAGAAUGCUGGAGCAUUGAUCAAUAUACUUGUAUUUUAGUAGGAAGCCCAGAUUUCCAUCAUUGAUCUUGAAAUUCCUGGUUUGUGUGAGGUUAGAAAGUGAAAUGCUAUUGUUUUCAAUGGAUUUAUUUAAGCAUUUUAAAACCAUGACCACCUUAUCCAUUUGGUGGUUUGCACUGAACACAAGUGGUUAGCAUUGAGAGAGCUGUAUAUUUUAUUACAUCAAAUUGCAGUAUGUAUGGUUAAUAAUAUAGUUACAGAUGUUAAAAUGUCCCAUUGAGCAAAACUUAUCACAGAUCCAGGUGGUUUGGAAUAGAAUGAUCAGUAUUAAGUUAUUUAAAUCAUUAAAUUGUGAUUCUCACUAGUAUAUACUAGCAAGUUAUUGUUGAAAAAUUCAUUCACCAACGUCGUCCUUUAAAAGGAAUCCGUGCUCUUUGUGGAUCGUUUUCAGUAUAUUUGUAAUGAGCUAGCAAGUAACAGUAGGUAGUUUAUAACUGCUCAUGUAUAGCAUCUUUUUUAAUGCAGAAGGCACAGUUUAUUUCUUUUGUUAGUGCUCCAUUUGUCAAUAAUGCCUUAAAUCUCUUCCUGGAAUACUGGAGUUUGACAACAAAAGAAGACAAAGCGUAUGUAUCCCUUCCAUUUUUUGCAGAUUCCUUUGGUGGUUUGUAUGAAUUUUUUUUGUACGUAGAAAAGAUAUAAACCAACUCUGGAGACAAAACUAUACCAUGUUAUUAUGUUCAAUGUUGUAAAGAAAGAACUGAAAAUUCAGAUUUGUAAAUGAUGUGAUAAAUCUUGAGCUACAUUUCAAUAACUGUAUAAAUGUUAAUUUUAACAACUAAAACAAUAAAGCAUAA